AUGGUCCGAAUCAAUCUUUGUAACUGGGGAAGGACGCCUAGUGCCUCGAAUUCGACACUACCCCUGAGAACCCGAGAGAAGGAGGAGCUCCCAAGAUCACAAUCGAUGCUUCAGAUCCACCCUCUUGAGACCGAAGAUGGUGUAUUAAUCAAGAUUGACCCACCCAAAGAACCCGAGCUUGAAGACUUACGAGAACGAAACCAUGUGCCUCUUGAUUUGGUCCUCUCGAUCGAUGUGUCAGGCAGCAUGGGUGCAGAUGCACCUGUUCCAGCAAAGAACGGUACAGAAGGAGAGCAUUAUGGCUUGUCGGUGCUGGAUCUUGUGAGGCACGCAGCCAAGACUAUCUUGGAGACAUUGGACGAUCAUGACAGGUUGGGGAUUGUGACGUUCAGCACCAGCAGCAAGGUGGUUCGAGAACUCACAUACAUGACACCAGCCAACAAGGCCAAGAUCCUCAAGCAGCUUGAUGCGUUACAGCCGUUAUCCAUGACCAAUCUUUGGCAUGGUAUCGGUGAUGGCCUCAGUUUGUUCAAUAACAAUCUCAAGGCAGUCAAUGACCGUCGCAACCCUGGCAGUGGCCGAGUACCGGCCUUGUUAGUUCUCACAGAUGGCAUGCCGAAUCACCAGUGCCCAAAUCAGGGAUAUGUCGCCAAACUCAGGCAGUGGAGUACCCUUCCUGCCUCCAUUCACACUUUUGGAUUUGGGUAUAGCUUGCGAUCUGGUCUGCUCAAGUCGAUUGCCGAGGUCGGCGGUGGCAACUACUCCUUCAUUCCAGAUGCCGGCAUGAUUGGAACUGUCUUUGUACAUGCUGUCGCUAAUCUCCAGUCAACUUUCGCAACCAAUGCCGAACUCCAGCUCACCUACCCAGCGCCGCUGGAGCUCAGACAGACAACAGGCGAUGCCGUGGAGAAACAACAACCAUUUUCACCAUCUGGGGACGACUCUCCCAAUACAAUUCUCUAUAUCUCCCUCGGCAACCUCCAAUACGGCCAAUCCCGAGAAAUCUACCUCAGCUACAACUGCACCUCAGAGUACAUCAAGUCCGUCAAGACCAGAAAAAGCUCUACCCCGCUCCCAACCAUCACAGCAGUCCUCAAAUUUCACGAAGACACCCACUCCUUCAACCCCAACCAACCCACCCGUCUCACCGCCAAACGCAACAUCACCGACCACUCCGUCUCCCUCCCCCCUGCCGAAAUAGCCUACCACAUCUCCCGCUCCUCCCUCAUCUCCUUCAUCUCCAAGUUUUUCCCCCUCGACUUCGAAAACGAGCACCAACCCCUCUCCGACCUCCCCGACGACAUUCCGUCCCAACUCACCGCCCUCGUCAACUCCCUCCCCGCCGUGAAAUACACCACCACCCACCCAGGCUGCAAAUCCCUCCUCAUCGACCUCUGCGGCCUCAACAUCGACCCCUUAACCACCCCCCCCUCAUCCUGGACCGGUCAGAUCUCCCUCGCCCUGACAAACACGCAAUAUUACUUCCGCUGGGGAAAACACUACCUCCCCUCCCUAGCCGGCGCCCACGCCCGCCAAAUCUGCAACACCUUCAAAGACGCCGGCCCAAAACAAUACGGAGCCCACUCCCCUUUAUUCAUCACCUGCAGAGACACACUAGAUGACGCGUUCGACCACCUCCCCGCCCCAAAGCCGAGCAAUGCCCUGCCACCAGUCUACGCCCGGUACACCCCCGCCUCCGAUUCCCCGCCGGCGUACGACACCCAGGAUUAUAGAGACGAAGGCUGGAAGUGGGGCAGCGGUGCUGGCAACAGUGGUGAUGUAUACAACACCGCCAACGUCACAAUCAACAUGUCAGAUUACAAUGACGAAGAAGGGGCUUGUUUUGCCGGUUUCACCCUCGUCACGUUGGCAAACGGCAACAGCGUCAAGAUUGGUUCUUUGCGAAGGGGGGCAAGGGUGUUGACUCCGAGGGGAGAGAGAAAGGUUGCUGCGGUGAUGAAAACCCCCGUGAGAAGAAUGGGGAUGACAGUUGUUCAGGGGGGACGGCAAAGGUUUUUGGUUACGGGGUGGCAUCCUGUUAGGGUUGGGGAAAAGUGGGUGUUCCCGCAGGAGAUGAAGGCGGGGGGGAGGGUGAGGUAUACGGGGUUUAUUUACUCUGUUUUGCUUGAAAGGGACGACGACGUGGAGGCGCAUGCGAUGAUGUUGGGUGGGGGAGGGGUUUGGGGGGUUACGUUGGGGCAUGGGAUGACCGGUUCUUCGACCGCGGGGGAUGAUGUGAGGGCUCAUGGGUUCUUUGGGGAUUAUGACAUGGUUGGGAGGGCGCUGUCGGGGCUGCAGAGACUGGGUAAUGGGUUGGUCCUUGGAGGUGGGGUGGUGAGAGAUCCGGUGAAUGGGUUGGUGAAUGGGUUCAAGAGGGCUGUGGUCACUCAGACGCCAGGGCCUGUUGCCAGAGGGAGUUGUGGGAAGCAGAGGAAGAUGAUGUUGUACGCUUAG